ACAUGGCGCCUGACAGUGAGCAUGGAGUCCGCUAUUUGACACUCGUCGUCAACAUAUGAGAGCUCGUUUCUCCCUGUGAACGACUUCUUCUUGCACAGGUCAAAAUGUUUCGGCGGUCGAGAUUUAGUGUGCGGCCCAAUGUCGGCACUACAGGCAGAACAGCAGCGACAUCCCAGGAAGCCCCCUCAUCAAAUCAGGAGGCCACUGAGACCCCCGGAGACACAAGUACGAGCAGCACUCCUACUCCUGUGACGGAUACCACACCUGCUGUUACUCCAUCAGUGACUAGUACAGCUUCAGGGGAUGGCGGUGAUCACAUUGUGGAAGGUAGUAGCUCCUCAGCAACAGUCCAGAGAAGGAAGCGGUUUUCUGUCAAGCCCAAAGUGGCCCCAGGCCGCCUCUCAACCAUUGGUCGGACUCCAAAAUCCCCCAUCAAGUCAGUGUCUGAAACUCCUGUUGAAGUGCCCAUCUCAGAUCUUGAUAAGCAAACAACAUCCAGCCAAACUGGGACUACAGCAGCCCCUCAAGGACUCCAGUCCCCAAAGCGACGAAGGCCUUCGGAAGAGAGCAAGCAGCCGAAAGUGCAACCCAAAGUCACUCUCCCUCCUUCUGACUCUGCAGGACCUCCAACUGUGCCUCUACCUGAAGUGCUACAAAAAACUAAUCUGACAACAGACAGUGGCAAACAAUCAGAAAGCAAUUCAGAGAGCCAAGUUAAAGACGUCCCUCAUAAACAUCAAGAUAAAGUACUCUUCUCUAUACCAGACAGAGAAACUGUUGAAAUAUCAGAGAAGGCCAAGACUUUAGUGUCAUCUAAGAGUGGACGGACUCUCACACCAUCCACAUCUUUAAGUAAGCUCCUGAAUGACCCAUCUGAUCUACAGAGGCUGGCAAAGGCCCAAAAACUUAGAGAGCUGCUCAGACAGGAGAGACACAAGGACAAGAAACCCAGGAAAUCCAAAACUCAUGUAAAGGAAUACACUUUAGAUCCUUCAAAAAUGACCAUGAGUGACCUUAUCCAUUAUCUCCCUCUGUCUAACCCCAUGACAUCUAGUUUAGAAGACAUGGAUCAGGAGAAUGAGAAUGAGACUGUGAUUCCACCUUCACCAGGAAGAGAAGAAUCUCCAGAGAGUGCACAGGAACCUGAGGUCCCCCCUAAAGUAGUGAACCCGAGUGGUGAGGAGGAGGAAGUGGCAGAGGAUGAGGAUGAGCAAGAUGAGUCACUCAUGGUCCCCCAGCUUAAAGUAGCAGAGGAUGGUUCACUGAUCAUUGAUGAAGAGAGCUUGACCGUGGAGGUCCUGCGAGCAAAAGGACCAAACCCAGCACAGGAGCGAGAUCCCAUUUUUGAGCGAGGGUCCACUACAACUUACACAAGCUUUAGAACAGUGACCCACACAAAACCCUGGUCCAGUGAAGAGACCGACAUGUUCUUCCUGGCAAUCAGUAUGGUGGGGACAGACUUUUCCAUGAUUUCUCAACUGUUUCCUCACAGAGCUCGAUCAGAAAUUAAGAACAAAUUCAAAAAAGAGGAGCGACUGAAUUCCUGGAGGAUUGAUAAAGCUUUCAGAGAGAGGCGUAAGCUGGACAUAGAGUAUUUUUCUAAGCUGCUAGAAAAAAUUCUGGAGUUUCAGAAAAACAAAAAGAAACUUCAGUCACUUGCUAAGAAAAAUGCCUACAAGAAGAGAAAGCGCAUGGAAAAAAAAGCUACAAGCAAAUUAAGUGAUGUGGAUGAAGAAGAAGAAGAGGAUGAUGAAGUUCCUGACUUGGAUGAUGAGGAGGGGGGAGAGAAAGAGAAUGAGGCUCUCUGUAAUGAAGGCAAAUCCUCUGUUUCUAAGCCCCAGAGGCAACGCAAAAGAAAGACCAAACAGGCCGAUUCGAGCGAGGAACCAAAAGAAAGGAAAAGGAAAAAGGGUGAAAAGAGCAGUGAUCAAGCUGAGGCUUGCAUACCUGAAGAUAGUGAAGCAGAACUUCCUGAGGAACAUACAAGUUCAGAUACAACUGAAAAGACUGAGAGUGCAAAUCCAUCCAAGGACACGACUGUCAAGCCUGCUCGACUCUCACGAGGCAGAGCACCAAAGUCACUUGUACCCUUGGGCCGAAAGUGGGGUAAAAAACCUCCUCCAGACUCUGGAAAGGAUAAAGAUACUACACCAGAUAAUGGAGAUCAUGACGUGUCUGAUGGUGGAGCAUCGAAGGAGCAGGUAAAUAAAGAAUCAUCACCUUUGAGGCAAGCCAGUAAGAAGCAGUCAGCUGAUGGUGAUGUUUCCUCUGAAGAAGAGCCUGCCAGUGUUCAACCUCCAAAACCUACCAGGUAUGGAAGAAUGCCUAAACCCAUCCAGCCUCUGAAUUACCCUGCUAAGGAAGCUGCACACUCCUCUUCAUCUGAUGCCACACCUGGCUCACCAGUGGGGUCCACUGCUUCCACUACCAAGCCUAAACCCAAAUGCAAAGCCAAGAGAGUAAGAUUGUCAAAGCAAGAGUCAGCCCAAGUGUCCAAAAAGCCCAAACUGGUCACCCUCAGGGCCUCUUGCACAGAAUACAGUGAUGACGAGGAUGAAAGGCAGCAGGGUCACGCAGAGAUAGAGGAGGAGGAAGAGGAGCAAUUUGCAUGCAGCCUCAUCGAGGACAGCAGUGCCCCUGUCUUUGUGCCCGCCAGCCUGCGUUCCCCAUGUCCUGUGAUUUCACAAGUGGAAGAGACUAUGGAAGAGCUUGAUAUCUUGGCAAAUAUACCCGAUGUGUUGGGCAUCUCCCAAGAUGCACUAUGCCCUGGUGUCUCUUGGGAGCAGGCACAAAAUGAGACAGACACACCUGAACCAUGUGAACAUCAGUUGGACCUGCUAGUUGAUGUUAUAGACUUCCUUUCUUCAGAACACAAAGAAGUAUGUGAAGACGAGAGCUACAAUGAGGCUGCUCAAACCCUGUUGGCCAUCGGUAACCCAACUCAUCUACCACAGACGGCACAAACUCAGUUAGCCACGCAAGAUCACAUAACAGAGAUAUUGUCAGUCAGUGCAAAACAACCUGGGCAACACAUGGAAGAAGCUGCUUUUCAAGAGGCAAGCAAUGACACUCUUCUUAUGUUUGGUCAUGAAGAUACUGAAACAUCAGAGACGCUAUUUACUGUGGAGCAGCAACAUGCUUUAACUGACGGUAGUUGUAUUCCCAUGAUUAAAACCAGUGAUCAGACAUGUGAUGAGCCAAAAACUGAUCCCAGUUUACAAUCGGAGACAGAAAGUUCAAAAAAAAAUUAUCCACAGACCAGAAAAGGGCGCUUAUCCAAAGUGAAACCUAAACCUAACUUGGACCGCAGCUCAAAGACUGUACAGCCUAAACCCCAACCAGAUACACCAGCAGAACAGACAGCAGAGGAGAGCAACUCCAAAGUUGCAAAUCAUCACCAAGUCACUGAGACAUUGUCCAUUCCCGAAGAAACGAUCCCCAACAUACCAGAAUUUUCUGACAUUUCUUGUACUAAAGUAAAACUUGAAGAAAAGCUAUUUUUCUGUCAGGAAGGAUCCAGUGCAGCAACAUCAGAUCAGAGUAUCUCAGAGAACCAGAGUCACUGCUUGUUGACUACUGUCAACAGAGACACUCAGUCAACAUCUGAGUCCUCCAAGGAAAAAGUUACGUCUCCUGCUCAAAUAAUAGCACCUUUUUCUAAUAAUUUAGUGACAUCUGACAUAUCAGUUACAGAAACACAACUUCAACAAUGGUCCAACACAGAUUCUGUCCCACUUAAAGAAAGUUGUCAGCAUACUGCUGCUUUUGUCACACCUGCAGAACAUUUACCUGUCAGUCAGACAGAAGUGACUUCUCAGUCUAGAUGCAGUCGAUUGCAAAAAGUCAAACCCAAACCAAACAUACCACGGACUUCAAGAACUGCUCGAUUAACACCUUCAAUAGAAGACACAAAAGACUCAGCAGAGGAUGACUCAACACCGAUCUUUCCAAAUUUCAAAGAAAAAGCAAUGGUAGAGCUUGAACUGGAAGAAAAGUGUGGAACCUCUCCUGAAAAACCAUGUCAUGCCACUGGUCCUGCUACAGCUUUAGCAUCGCCAUUUGAUCCAGAAUCUACUUUGUCACCCACAAUGGAGUUGUCUACAACUGAGGAGAAAAGGACAGAUGGUGGAAUUGUUAGUCAGUUGCAUUUUUCUACAAUAUCAGGUCAAAGUGGCUCAGAAAACCAGAAUCUCUCUGAUGUUUCUUUUAAACCCAGUAGCCGAGACACAGGGUCAACAUCUGCAACUAUAGAUGAAAAGGGAGCAACUCAAGAUCAACCAGCUGGGAAUAGUGAUGACCUGGUGAUAUCUCUCUCAGAUGUAACAGUAUCACAAGCAGGACAAGAGAGCAGGGAGCAUCCUGCCACACAUGUAGAUGAUUUACCUGUUCUUCAGAAAGCAGAAAGUGAAGUCAAAACGUCUUGCCAGUCGAGAAGAAAUCGAUUACAAAAAGUCAAACCAAAAAUACCACAGACACCAAGAACCCCUCGUUCUACUCCUCAAACGACAAAAGACUGUGUAGAGAAAGACUACAACCCAACACCAGUUUUGAAAGCUGUGGAAUCAUCAUGUGAUUCAGCCUCUACACUUUCAACCACUCAGGAAUUACCUCCAAGUGAAAAGGAGAAAAGAACAGAUGACGGGCAUAUUGGUCAGGUAUUCCCUGUUGCAUCAACAUCAGGCCAGAGUGUUUCAGAAAACAAGAUCUUUUCUGAUGUUUCUUUUGAACCCAUCAAUGAAGACACAGGGUCAACAUCUGCAGCCACAGAUCAGAAAUGGCUCAGUCAAAAUGAAAUGACUGAGAAUACUGACAUUUCUGUGACAUCUGUCUCAGCUGCUACAAAAUCACAAGCUGGACAAGACUUAGCUGCAGUGACAGAGAGCAGUGAAGGUCCUGCCACACAUGUCACACCUGUUGAAGAUAUAUCUGUCAGUCAGAAAGAAGUAAGUGAUGUCACACCUAUGUCUCAAUCAAGAAGCAGUCGAUUCCAAAAAGUCAAACCCAAACCAAACAUACCACAGACGUCAAGAACUGCUCUGCUCAAAUCUCAAACAAAAGACAAAAAAGGCUCUGCAGAGAAAGACUCCAACCCAACACCAAUCUUGACACUCCAAGAAAAGACAAUAGUAGAGAUCGGAGCAGAAGGAGAUGAAGCUACAGCUUUAAUGUCAUCAUUUGAUCCAGAGUCUACUUUGUCACCCACAAAGAAAUCGUUUACAACUGAGGAGGAGAAAAGGACAGAAGAUGGGCUUGUUGGUCAGUUGGAUUUUGCUGCAACGUCAGGUCAAAGUGGCUCAGAAAACCAGAGUCUCUCUAAUGUUCCUUUCAAACCCAGUAGCAGAGACACAGGGUCAACAUCUGCAGCUAUAGAUGAAAAGGGAGCAACUCAAGAUCAACCAGCUGGGAAUAGUGAUGACCUGGUGACAUCUCUCUCAGAUGUUACAGUAUCACAAGCUGGACAAGAGAUCAGGGAGCAUCCUGCCACACAUGUCACACCUGUAGAUAAUUUACCUGUUCUUCAGAAAGCAGAAAGUGAAGUCAAAACUUCUUGCCAGUCGAGAAGAAAUCGAUUGCAAAAAGUUAAACCAAAACCAAACAUUCCACAGACACCAAGAACCCCUCGUUCUACUCCUCAAACAACAAAAGACUGUGUAGAGAAAGACUACAACCCAACACCAGUCUUGAAAGCUGUGGAAUCAUCAUGUGAUUCAGCCUCUACAUUUUUAACCACUCAGGAAUUACCUACAAGUGAAAAGGAGAAAAGAACAGAUGACGGGCAUAUUGGUCAGGUAUUCUCUGUUGCUUCAGCAUCAGGCCAGAGUGUUUCAGAAAACAAGAUCUUUUCUGAUGUUUCUUUUGAAUCCAUCAACAAAGACACAGGGUCAACAUCUGCAGCCACAGAUCAGAAAUGGCUCACUCAAAAUGAAAUGACUGAGAAUACUGAAAUUUCUGUGACAUCUGACUCGGCUGCUACAGAAUCACAAGCUGGACAAGACUUAGCUGCAGUGACAGAGAGCAGUGAAGAUCCUGCCACACAUGUCACACCUGAAGAUGGAUCUGUAGAACAGAAAGAAGUAAGUGAUGUCACAUCUGUUUCUCAGUCAAGAAGCAGUCGAUUCCAAAGAGUCAAACCCAAACCAAACAUACCACAGACAUCAAGAACUGCUCUACUCAAAUCUCGAACAAAAGACAAAAAAGGCUCUGCAGAGAAAGACUCCAACCCAACACCAAUCUUGAAACUCCAAGAAAAGGCAAUGGUAGCAAUCAAACCAGAAGGAGAUUGUGGAACUUCUCCUGAAAAACCAAGUCACAGUGUUGGUCCUGCUACAGCUUUAAUGUCGUCAUUUGAUCCAGAGUCUACUUUGUCACCCACAAAGGAACCGUUUACAACUGAGGAAAAAAAGGCAGAUGAUGGGCUUGUUGGUCAGUUGGAUUUUGCUGCAACAAUAUCAGGUCAAAGUGGCUCAGAAAACCAGAGUCUCUCUGAUGUUUCUUUUAAACCCAGCAGCAGAGACACAGGAUCAACAUCUGUAACUAUAGAUGAAAAGGGAGCAACUCAAGAUCAACCAGCUGAGAGUAGUGAUGACCUGGUGACAUCUCUCUCAGAUGUUACAGUAUCACAAGCAGGACAAGAGAGCAGGGAGCAUCCUGCCACACAUGUAGAUGAUUUACCUGUUCUUCAGAAAGCAGAAAGGGAAGUCAAAACUUCUUGCCAGUCGAGAAGAAAUCGAUUGCAAAAAGUCAAACCAAAAAUACCACAGACACCAAGAACCCCUCGUUCUACUCCUCAAAAAACAAAAGACUGUGUAGAGAAAGACUACAACCCAACACCAGUCUUGAAAGCUGUGGAAUCAUGUGAUUCGGCCUCUACGCUUUCAACCACUCAGGAAUUACCUACAAGUGAAAAGGAGAAAAGAACAGAUGACGGUCAUAUUGGUCAGGUAUUCUCUGUUGCUUCAGCAUCAGGCCAGAGUGUUUCAGAAAACAAGAUCUUUUCUGAUGUUUCUUUUGAACCCAUCAACAAAGACACAGGGUCAACAUCUGCAGCCACAGAUCAGAAAUGGCUCACUCAAAAUGAAAUGACUGAGAAUACUGACAUUUCUGUGACACCUGACUUAGCUGCUACAGAAUCACAAGCUGGACAAGACUUAGCUGCAGUGACAGAGAGCAGUGAAGAUCUUGCCACACAUGUUACACCUGAAGAUGGAUCCGUCAGUCAGAAAGAACAGAAUGAAGUUACAUCUACUUGCCAGCCUCGAAGAAGUAGAUCACAAAAAGUCAAACCCAAACCACAUAUACCACAGAGAUCAAGAAAUGCUCUACUCAUACCUCCAACGACAAAAGACUCCGAUACAACUCCAACCUCAAAACUUCAUAAAAAAACAGAAGUACAGCUUGAACCUCCUUCAGUGUUGAUUACAUCAUCUGAGGAUUUUGGUUCUUCUCCUGCAACCACAAAGGAAAUGUCUACAACUGAAAAGGGGGAGAGGACAGAUGACGAGCUUGUUGGUCAGGCGAAGACUGUUGGAGCAACAUCAGGUCAGUUUGGUUCAGAAAAUCAGAACCUUGUGACACCUGACUCAGCUCCCACUGAAACACAAACUGGACAAGAUGUAGCUCCACUCCAAAAGAGCAGUGAAGAUCAUUUCACACUUGUUACACUUGUUACACCUGUCAGUCAAGAACAAGGUGGUGAAAACCUAGCGCAAUCAUCGAGAACUGUCAAGUCUAAACCUCAAGCCAUACCUGUACAGCUUGAGGAAAGACCCUCUAGCCCAACUUCAAAGACUGGAUCCACUGACAAUGCAGCAGCAGAGGUGGAAGCUCUGCCAAUUUGCAGUGUCAACCUUCCUGUAAAACCAAGGGAAAGUACUAACACUUCUUCAGUUUCAGUGCCAUCAGUGGAAAUAUGCACUACUCAGAAUACCACAGAGGAAUUAUCUGCGACUAUGAAAAAAAAGACAGAACUUGCUCUUACCAGCAGCUCAGACAGUUCAGAAACAAAAGCACCUCAAAGAAGAAGACACUUUCCCAAGGUCAAACCCAAUGUUGGGUCAUCCACCAGACCUACACGGACAAAGCCAGAGACAAAGAGUAUCGGUUUUUCAAAUGUAACCUUAGAAAAACAACCUGUGGACAAUUCACAAGCAGAAUUGAAUCCUACAGACAAUAAUGUGCUCUUGACAUCUUCACACUGUUCAUUAAAUACUGAACUCGGCUCAACACAAUCUGCACUUGAUGAGUCUGAAAAGAGACUUGCCAGCACACAUGAUGAGAGCAUGUCCGCUCAUGUUAUUUCCAUGGCAACCUCUGGGGAAACAAUUGAGAAUCAAUCCUUGUUAAUAGAUUCAGUUAUUGAAAAUACAAGCAGUGAAAUGUCCACACUUAAGAGGGAAUCCACAGGACACAGAAUGUCAAAUAAUGAUCAGGGGGAUGUUGGACCUGCUUCACAAGAGGAUUGGAAGCUGAAUAUGUCCACUAAACCUACAGAGUCAAAUACCCAACCAGCGGAUUAUUCAACUGCAGCUUCAGGAGAUGGUCACACAGUAUCAAGAACAGAUUUGCUUCUGGCACCUUCUGUCACCUCCAUACCAGAUACAAGAGAAAGCAGCCCUCAUCCAUGUGUGCAAAGUGACGCAGAUGGAAGAAGUCGAGAUGAAACGCAGCUUUCUUCAGAAACUAGUAACACUGAACAAACCUCAAAUGACAAAUUUCAAUCUGCCCAAAGCACUGACCCCACACACUCAGCUCUGUCCAAUUCCUCGAAGUCUUCAAAAGAAGCCAUGCAAACUCGGAGAGGCAGGCUCAUUAAACCCAAACCCAAGUUGGGCCGCGGAAGUCGUCCUCUGCAACCCCAAGUCCAGAAUUCCACUCAAGCAGAAGCAGAUUCUGAAGACAGGGAUGCUUCUGAUUCCCAUGACCCUGUGUCAAAAUUACAACCUGACAAUCCAGAACCAGUCGAAGGGGCUAUUGAAACACACAGUAAACCAGGGUGUCCUCCUAGUAACACAGAGUCUUUGCUGGGGUGCUUGACGCAAAUUAUUGAUCAACCCUCUCCAAAUGAUACUGCAUCUCCUUUGGGAUGUUUGACACAAGUACUGGACACUUCCUCUCAGAAUACACCAAUAUUGACGACAGAGGGGGAGACCCAAAGUCAUCCGUGUCUCACACUUUUUCCACACAUGACGUCAGAGCAGGUGCCUUCGGAUAAAGAUGAGCCGUUUUUCAUCCUCUCACUCACCGAGAUUCCAGUCGGCUCAUCGGGGGAGUUGGUGGAAACUGCAGCACAGCCUCUCCCUUUGGUUGGAGAGACAUUUAUACAGCAACAGAGCAGUGUAUCUGGAGAGAGUUUGGCACCAGCAGGAGAAGAACCUAUCAUUCAUGUCCCUGUGUCACCGUCCACAGAAGAGAUGUGUGAUGUGGGCUUUUUCAGUGUAAAAGAUGCUUGGUCGGACCCAGUUGACAGUACUGAUCUGAUCAUUGAGAAUCAAGUGGAUCCACUGGAGAAUACAACAGUGCAGCCCUCAAAAUUACAAGAAACUGUAGAUGACAAUAAGACUACUGGAAGUCCCCCUACAAAGCAGAGAUUAACAGGAACUGGAAGAAGAGCUAAGCUCCAGGUUAAACCUCAUACUAUGAGGAAGACGCGUGCCAACAAGUCUGAAAACACCAACAAGGACUCUGAACUUCCUGGACCUUCCAUGCAACCUGAAGGUUCUGCAGACAGUGAACUCCUCAGUGAACCACAGAAAAUAAGUAAUGAACCUGAAAACACUGAAAAGGAGACUCCAGCAGGUGCAAAGGGUCCUGAAGACGGCCACCACACAGGAGCAAAAACGAAAACUCCAAAGGCUGCAAAGAGGAAAGGGAACGGUAAUACUGCUUCAAGUGAUCCUUCCUCUGGCAAAGCAGCUUCCAAGGACUCUAAAGUCAAAACUCUGCAAACAAGGAGGAAAUACUCCCAGCCAUCACCUGCAGCUUCAGCGUCACUCCAUGUCGCUCCCACAGCUGCUUCGUCACAGCAGCCAGAGGAAAUCCCCUCAGCGUCUACUGCUUCAGCAGCUUUAGAGGUGGAUGUUAUUCAGCGGAACACUGAUCACAGUCAACCCCGGUCAGACCCCAUCCUAGCACUUCUCAGUGUACAGAGGUUUCAGCUCCUCAGCAGAGUCCAGAGAGCGAUUCGGAGGAGGAGCCCACCAAUGUGUCUCAGUACUUCCUCAGUGAUAUUUUUACUGAAGUGGAAGAUGAUUAAAAGUCCCACAGAGGUGGAGAGAGAGAGAGAACCUGCCCAUGGUUUCAUUGUAAAGUUGUUUCUUUAAAGGUUUGUUCAUGACUAAAAGGCAGUUUUUAUUAUUUUUGCUACAGUGAAUUAAAGCUGAAUUUGUUAUUCAGACAAACACAUUUUCAUUAUUGCAAGGAUUUUUGAAUGUGCCUGCAUAAUGCAUUUCUUUGUAUACAUCAUACAAAUUCAGUGUAUAUAGUUGCUGUAUAAUUUAUAUUCUUUUGAAAAUGUGUUUGUCAAUAAUAAACUGUGAAAUCACGAUCGUCUGACUGAAGAGGCCUACACCUUUUCAAAUCAUAAAAAUCAAAUCUUUUUUUGUUUGUAUACCAACUAUAACCAUGUGAAUAUUGUACCAUAGCAAACCUUUUUAAUGUCUAUGUUUGUGUUUUGUUUUUUUAGUGAUAUCAUCUGUGACAAAAAAAUCCUGAUAUCAGAUUAUAUAUUUGUCACUAUAUUUUGCAAAUGUAGCCCAUUAAAGGACGUACUUAAGGUUUGUUUAAAAGCAAUUAUUGCUGAUUAAAAUAAAGUUGAGAUAUUGUUUGUUUAUAUGUAAAUAGUGUAGAUUUGUUCAAUGCACAGUUGGGUCAUUGUACAGAUAAUAUACAGGCUUUGGAUUACUUGAAACAAAAACACUCUUUGUUCUUAAAGGUUUCAACAGUUGUAAGGUAAAACGUAGAAUUUAUAAAAUCUGUAUAAAUUCACUACCACUGGACUCAGUAUUUAUACUCAUGUAGGAGCAGUUUUGUAAAAUAAUAGCUUCAUAUGUUUUUUGUUUUGCUACAGUAUGUCAUAUUUUGUGUGAAUGCAAAAUUAAAUGUUCUCCUAAUUGUU